AUGCCACACAAGAUUGGUUUUAUUGUUGUUAGCUCAUCGGGACACGAAGAUGGCUUCAGCGCAAAAGAGCUGAUGGUUCAUGCACCGACAGUGCACGGAUGGCGAUCACCCAGACUCUGUCAGUACCCACAGGAAAUUGUUCUGCAGCUGGUGGAGAGAUGUCGAAUACGAAAGCUGCAGUUGCUUGCUCACCAGUACAUGAUUUCAAGCAAGAUCGAGUUCUACAUCAGCGAGAGCUUGCCUGAAUACUUUGCUCCUUAUCAGUCAGAGAGGGUUCACAGGCUAGGUUACGUCCCUCUCUCGGACAAUGAGAAGACUGACUUCAAAGCGCGAGAGUUAAAGUCUGUGUAUAUGGAUGCAGUUGGCCAGUACCUGAAGCUGAUUUUCCAUAAAAAUUAUGUCAAUAAGUACAACGUAUACGGUCAGGUGGCCCUGGUAGCUAUAAACAUCAUCGGAGAUCCAGCAGACUGCAGUAAUGACAGCAGUAAUACUCCUUCCAGAGAGAAGCUGAUAGACCAGUACUUGGGGAUGAAAUCUGAUGAUCCUGCCUUAGAUGGAACUUACGUUGGGAAACCCGACUCCAUUUCACCUCUGGACGAUCUGGCGUUUGACAUGUACCAGGAUCCCGAAGUGGCUCAGAUAAUCCGUCGGCUGGAUGAGAAGAAGCGCGUGGCCGUCCGUCACGAGCGCUACGAUUACGCCAAGAAACUCAAACAAGCUAUUGCGGACUUGCAAAAGGUGGGGGAGCGGCUUGGACAGUACGAGGUGGAGAAGCGCUAUGCUGUGGAGAAAGAGGAUUAUGAUCUCGCUAAAAAGAAGAAGCAGCAGAUGGAGGCGUACCGCAGGAAGGUCUAUCAGCAGCUGGAGCUGCACGACCUUCUGGAUGCGGAGCUGAUGACUCAGAAAGCACCUGAACUGCCUUUGGAGCCUGUGAUUUACACUGACAGUCCUCAGCACACAAAGGCUACAAAUUCCCCUCCUUGUGAGCACAAAGGCUCUCCACAAAAGGCAGAGCUGUGCAGAGCAGAGCCGUUGCUGGAAGAGAAGUCAGCAGAUCCCACUUCUGCUGAGCCCGUUGUUCCCCUUCAGUCCCCUCCUCCCGUGACGCAUCCGACAACCUCCAGGGAAGUGUUUCUCAAAGAAAAUGUUGAACUUUUGCCUUACGAUGAGCGGCCUCUCCCAGCUGCCUGUAGGCAGCCUGAUGAAGCAGUUGCCUACCUUCAGCCAGAGCUGACUGCGGGGGAUGGCGAUGGCCCUCCAAGAGGUGGCAUUACCGCGGAGCCAGAACCGCUGACGGAGAAGGCGCUGAGGGAGGCCGGCUCUGCCGUCGAUGUUUUUGGAGAAGCUUUGGUUGCAGGAGCGUAUUCCAAAACGUGGUCGUUCCGCGAGGACGCGUUACUGGCUGUGUAUCAGAAGCUGACGGAAGCGUCAGUCCACGCUCCAAAGGAUGACUUGAAGAACAUGCUGCGAGCUGCCGUUUUCCUUGCAAAGAGAGCCAUCAAAGACGUCGUGUCUUCAGUUUUUCAAGCUUCCCUGAAACUUUUAGAAAUGAUCAUUACCCAAUAUAUACCAAAACAUAAACUAGGAAAACCAGAAACCACUCAUUGUGUGGAAACGACGCUUCCCAAUUUGCUUUCUAGAACAGGAGACUCUUCUUCCCGUCUUCGCCUUCUGGCUUCUAACUUCAUUCAGGAAGUGGCACUGAGUGGUGAAGUGAGACCUCUCCAGAUCAUUCCCGUUCAUUUGGUUCAACCGUUAAAGCCGAACUCCCCGACGCAGCUGGCAAUGAGUCAGGUGGAGUUAGUGGAGCGCCUCCUGAAGAGCUUGGGAACCGAGCACUCCGGGUUCACCGUCAGCAACGUCAUGAAGUUUGCGACAGGAGCUUUGGAGCACAGAGUUCAUGAAGUCCGCGACGCAGCGUUGCGGAUUAUCUUUGAUGUGUACAGGGAGCACCAGGCUGCUGUGCUGGAAUAUCUUCCUCCAGACGACGCGAGCAUUCGCAAGACCGUCCUCUAUAAAACGCUCUUUGAUGGACUUGCUAAAAUAGACGGUAAACUUUCUGAGGCUGAAAUGAGGGCUCGGAGAAAGGCAGCGACAGAAGCAGCAGAGAAGCAGAAGAAGGAAGAAAUAAAAGUCCUGGAAGAUCAGCUGGCAGCUCUAAAGGAGAUUCAAGCAGAAGUUCAAGCUGGAAAGGAGAGAGAAUCUGAUUUUCAGAAGCCAAACUAUCAAGGUUACCAGGUGAACGAAAGCCCACAGCCUGCAGCUGCAGAGAGCUCUGUUGCAAAUUACUUGGAUAACUUAUGUAUUUUUUGUGGUGAAAGGGACGAAUCCUUCACAGAGGAAGGGUUGGAUCUCCAUUACUGGAAGCACUGCCCUAUGUUAACCAGAUGUGAGCACUGCAAACAG